CACAAGUCGCCAUGGGAGUCUGAGAACGAUAUUUUUUCAUUCUCGCGCGGUAGUCAACGAUUUGAAACAUUCAACAAAUAUGGAUUUCAUUUAGUGUGCACUGGCUUGGUCACCGGCUAUUGCCAUUGUUAUAACGGAGGCAUAAUGUGAUAAUAACACACAAACAAACAGAACACAGAUGAGGCGCGACAAUUAAUGUAAACACGCAGCUACCUGUGCCCGGUUAUUUCUGAUCUUCUGAUAGAUCUAUAUUUAGGUGCGAUGUUUGUCACAUCGCAUCAUCCGUUUUACGACCUUAAUGCGUGCUUGCCCUUUCCUGUGAGCUGUGUCGUGCUCGGCGCACAACCACUUCGAGAUCCUCGAGUCUUUUGCCGACUUUCCUGACGCAGUUCAGCUCGAUUUACUGAAAUCGUAUGAAGACGGACGGAGAUUAGCCGGCACUCAAAUGUUGUAGUUCUGGGCCCGCUGUGGUACGCAUCAGCAACCCAGUCGCGACCGUUGGCCAACAAUGGUCGCCACAUAAAAAGUUCUCUGCGCCCCUCGUUCGUCGACGAUGUAGCAUUUUGUUGUUAUUAUUUUUGUACGUAGAGCAAUAGAAAAAGUGGCAGUGAGAGCGGCGACGGAACCGGCGCCAGCAGCGUCAAUUAUCAGUGAUAUUGGUUACGCCUGCAAUGGUACCGAUCGCUUCGGCAAGCGUGACCGUUUCUUGGUGUUUCUGACCUUAGCAUCGCCGUUAGCACGACCGAAGACUGUCGGCAAACAGUCGGAGCUGGAUUUAGAGAGCGUGUGAGGUCGAACGCUUAGUGGCUUGGGGAUAUGCGUGGUGAACGGACACGAGAUCACGAACAGACAAGCACCACCAAAAAGCAGAUCAUACCGGAACGCUUGGCUUUUGGAAGAGCUUUCUACGUUAUGUAGUAUUUGGUCGAAUUCGGAUCUCGUGAUGAUUGUUCUGAAGAAGCUGGAGAAAGGGCUCAAUUGUUAAGUUGACUUGUGGUAUAGUGCUAUGCCGAGCAACAAGAGCCGGGAGACUGUUUUUUACAAAAACUUUUUUAUGCGGCACCCAGAAAAAUACAUUGACGUAUAUAUUGUGAGACUUACUUCACUCCAGUACUACUCAGUAAAGCUUGGUGUUCCAACCUGAGGUAUCGAAAAAGCCAUUUAUCGUUUGGACAUAGCCGCUGGAACUGCAUCAGCAAUUGGCAGGACGAGUCUAUUCAGAAGCUUGAGGCGGGAGGGGAUCACGGAAACGAUUCUUCUGGUCCGCUUGGCGAACUGUUAGCAGUACGUGUAACGCUUCUCGUCGUCCCGGUGCCGUUGAACCUUAGGUGUGAAUUUUUAGUUGUGCAAUUUGUGGACUAUCGACAAAACGGUUGGGUAAUCUUAACGUCAAUCGAGCAGCAGAUAUCAGAAUGAAGUUAUCAGACAAGGAUCGGAAAAACCUGGAACGGUUCGUGAAAAACUUUGCGUACAAAUACGUGCAAGUCGUUGUACAAAGCCGGCAAGGUGAACCACAGAAGACGUCUUGUAGACUACCAGCAGACAACGGCGAUUGGUUCCUGCUAAAUGUGCCUGACCUACUCGAUAUUACGGAAGAGGCUCGUCGUGUACUGGGAGAUGCACCCCAUAAAUCCCUGAGUGGGUCGCCUCUUUGCGUAGAGCUUAGCUUACGUACGCCAGAAGGCGAGAGCAUGGUACUCGAGAUCUGGGAGCUUGCCCUAUUACCGGAAACGGAGUCGCCGAAAUCUGUUUACGAUAGCUACAAUCGGAUGAUUAUCCUUCUCAAGAGCUUGUUAGCAAUUACCCGUGUGGUACCGGCUUUCCGUCUUGCGCAGAAUCAGAACGUGGACACAUUUAUCCUUCACUAUCAGCUGUACAUGGGACCAAUGCAGGAGGAGACAUGCGGGGAAAACUCUGGUCUUGUGACCAUCGGACAGGUCGGAACGAGUCUCGGGACAUUAAGUCUCUCUGUUCGAUACCGCACGAAGUUGAUAGUAACGAAUAAGGAGAAACAGUCAAAUGAAAUGCCUAUGCUCAAAUCGAACUAUUUCGACCAGCUCGGGAUGGAGCAGGGGCAAUUUGAGGGAAAAGCCGCAGGUAAGAGCGCACCAGGGGCCCGGCGGUCGCUUAAGAACCCUUCCGAACGACCAACCUCACUAGGGGGUGUUCCCUGCAGUCCAGCUUCCGCCGGACGUCAAAAGGAACUCAAUGAGUGCUCGCCAUAUGGCGCAUUCGCUUCGGAACCUCGUGAAGUUAAGGAUCACGAUUUGCCUGAGGACUUGUGUGACAUGUUUAGCACGCUUCUCCUUGAGCCUGAUGAAACUGGGCCAAUCGAGGAAGAGGAAGAAAAAGUUGUAGCCUUAUCAGACGAGGAGCAGUUCGAGGAUGCAGAAGAUCCGUGGGGACAAGGUAGCCCAAACAGCAAAAAUAAUAAAGAGAACUUCGUCUAUGUUGACUUGAAGCCUGCAUUUGCUGAACAUUCGUCCGAUUUGGGCAUCUUUUUUUCGGGAGCUCCGCCGCCGCUAAAGUCGCUUUAUGGCGACGAGGAGCCCGCGAAGUCAGACGCAUUGGAUUCACAUCGGGCAGUAGCUCGUGAACCAGAAACGUUAGAACAGCAAGUCCUAAAGCUUCAGACACAGCUUGAAAACAUCCACGAAAUCGAUCAGUUUUUUAAGCAGGAUAAAUGGAUUCCAAUCGUUUUGGAAUUUUUCUGACGUCCCGUUUAUGUUUGUAGUUAAUUGCAUUUUAUUCGGGAAGUUGGAAGGUGCGUCAGUAAGGCGAAGGGAAUUCCUAUGCAGAAGUUCUAAGAGUAAUAAAAGACUACAGUCCUAAUUUUGUGGGAUUGCAAGGAGCUCUA